AAGGAGCUGGUGAAAAAAGGCGAACUUGCUUUCAAUUGUCCAAGCCUAACGUCAUGGAAAUAGUUACUUUGUUGAAGCGCGCACAGGAAUAAACCCAAAGAAACAAUACUGAGCCGUGAUGUGUGUUGAUGCUCUGUAGAAGGAGAUUCUUUAGUUGCUGAUUUCUUUUCUUUUUGUUGUUGGUUGAAUUCAAAGGAUCGACUGGAGAUGCGCAGGAACCUGUUUACAAGGAAAACGCAGCAAGUUUCAGUCUGAGGGAACGCGGAGCGGGCUCACGAUGCACAGCGAUACCAUUACUCAUCCCUCUGUUUUUCCUCACGUCAGGACACUUUGUCUUAAAGAUAUGUCCAUGAAGGAUCAUUUCUGAGUCUACGUAAUGAGGAAAAAAGUGUCCAAAAAGUGAACAAGGCGAGGUUGUAGUCGGGUUCUGAGGAUUAAAACCACCGUCGGGGCUGUUGGAGGAGCUCUUUGGUGAAACCAGUUUAGUUUUUUGAAGCUGUUGUGUUUGUGAUGACAAAGAAGUAAGAGAGUCAAUCUGUUAUGUGGAAGUUAAUGUGUUAUAGAGUAUUUAUAGCCUAACGUUAUUGGCCUACGUUUAAGCAGAAUAGGCUACACAGUAAGACAAUGGAGCGAUAUAGCCUCAAUUGGCUGAGGAUGCUAGUAGUCACAGAAGGUAUAUUUUAGACUUUGUUUUGGCCUAAUAGUUUUACGUAACUGACUUCUCCUGUUUAUUAGCCUAAGUGUCAGACAGCCUUGUAUUACAUUUACGUAAGUCCUACUGUGCCAAUGCACACCUGAUCCAACAGCUGCCAUGUAAUUUGAGAUGAGUUUAAAUAUUACAGUAAGCCAGUGUCAGAUGUUUCCAACACAGCAUGCAUCAAGGCAGUAGCAUCACUAUAAUCUAGGCACUAUGUGCAUGUAGAUUGUUCUUGCUUUAGGACUCACUGGAGUAUCAAGAUGUCAGUGAAAGCCAAAGCAAUCUACACUUUUCAAAGUGAAAACAAAGAGGAGAUCAGCAUCCAGGAGAAUGAGGAACUGGUUAUCUUUGACAAGAACUCUGUGGACGGCUGGUUUAAGGGGGAGAACAGCCGAGGGGAGAAAGGUCUCUUCCCUGCGUCCUAUGUGGAAAUUAUUCGCAGUCGUUCGAACUCUAACGUGACUGACUGCUCCAUUAGCCCGGCAGGAUCUUUAGGGAACGACUCCUCCUAUUUCCCCUCGACCCCAAACACCUCCCUGCAUUUGCAGCAGAGUUACUAUGACGACGACGAUGAUGACUGGGACGACUGGGAUGACAGGUCGACAGUGGUGGACGAUGCUGACCCCAGUAGGAGCCCCGGGGCCAAUGGACAUUCCCAUCAGAGCCCACUGUCAUACAACCCCAAUGUGCACUACCGGGCCAAACCACACAUGGAGAGACAGGACAGCAUCUCCAGCUCGAGGAAAGGCAGCAUGGUGGGCAGGAACUUGAACAGAUUUUCCAGCUUUGUCCGCUCAGGGGUGGAAGCGUUUGUGUUGGGUGAUGUGCCCAUGAUGGCAAAGAUAGCGGAGUCGUACACCAUCGAGAUGGGUCCCAUGGGGCCCCUGUGGAAGGAGAGCCCACAGCCUUUCUCCUGCUCCAUUGAAGACCCCACAAAACAGACAAAGUUCAAAGGAAUCAAGACGUACAUUUCAUACAGGGUCACACCAAGCCACACGGGGCGUCCCGUCUACAGGCGCUACAAACACUUUGACUGGCUGUACAACCGCUUACUGCACAAGUUCACUGUGAUCUCCGUGCCUCACCUGCCUGAGAAGCAGGCCACGGGGCGAUUUGAGGAAGACUUCAUCGAGAAGCGCAAGAGGCGACUGAUACUGUGGAUGAACCACAUGACCAGUCACCCAGUCCUCUCCCAGUAUGAAGGCUUUGAGCACUUUCUGAUGUGUGCUGAUGACAAGCAGUGGAAACUGGGCAAGAGACGGGCGGAGAAGGACGAGAUGGUGGGUGCCCAUUUCAUGCUGACCCUCCAGAUCCCUAAUGAGCACCAGGACCUGCAGGAUGUAGAGGAGCGGAUCGACACCUUUAAGAACUUUGCUAAGAAAAUGGAUGACAGUGUGAUGCAGCUCACACAUGUUGCCUCGGAGCUGGUGCGUAAGCACCUGGGUGGAUUCAGGAAGGAGUUCCAGCGGCUAGGUAAUUCAUUCCAGUCCAUCAGCCAGGCUUUCAUGCUGGACCCUCCCCACAGCUCAGAGGCCCUCAACAAAGCAAUCUCCCAUACAGGCCGCACAUAUGAGAACAUUGGAGAGAUGUUUGCAGAGCAACCUAAGUAUGACCUCUUCCAUAUGCUGGACAAGCUGUCGCUCUAUCAAGGCCUGCUCGCCAACUUCCCCGACAUUAUUCAUCUACAGAAAGGUGCCUUUGCCAAGGUGAAGGAGAGCCAGCGGAUGAGUGACGAGGGAAAGAUGGACCAGGACGAGGCAGACGGCAUUAGGAAACGCUGCCGGACGGUUGGGUUCGCCCUCCAGGCAGAGAUGAGCCAUUUCCAUCACCAGCGAGAGGUGGACUUCAAAGACAUGAUGCAGGCCUACCUCACGGAGCAGAUAGCCUUUUACCAACGUGUUGUCCAGCAACUGGAGCGCACCCUGCGCAUGUACGACUGUCUGUAAAGGCACCGAACUGCUGCCUUGUUCAAGAUGCCAUAAAAACACAGACCAGGAUGAUCCAAGAGUCGACUCUUUUAUCAUGGCAUGUGUCUUGGCGUUUGGUUCAGUUUGAAAAGACUUGCAGAUGAAUUAAGCAAUGGUAACUGGAAAGCCCGUGCAAAGCUUGUCAGUCUUUCACUUUGGAUUCAAAGUCACAUUUUUUUCAAAAACCUACUGUACCUUUUUAUUUCUGAAAUACGUAUCACAUAGGCAAUGCCACAGACAUAAUUUAAGGUAUUUGUAACAUUAAAAUAAGAAUAUAGGUUUCAGAAUCAGAGAAAAUCUGUAGUUUGUUCUUCUGUAAUAUGAAACGGGUUCUGUUUUGAAAUUGUCCCCUUCUCUCUAAUACAUCAUGCACUUUGCCUUCUCCUGGGACGGAUUCAAGUUGCCUCCAAUAUGAACAUUUUUAGAAUAAACCCACAAUAUUUUGGUUUAUCUACCUACAUCCCAUAAACAUUCCAACGAUUCUUUAAAACAGCAUUUUAGGAUUUUUAUUGAAUUCACUGAUUUUUUUCAUCAGACCAUGAAAAGAUAGUAUUUCUGGUGGAACAAGUGCACUGAAUACUGAAGUGGAAUUUCCCCAUCAUCUUGUUAAGUGCUAAUCUUGCUCAGGUGUUCACUGCUUUGAAAUUGAUAUCAGUUUCUCUGGUAUCUCUUAGUACAACUCACCGAUGUCUAUCUUCACCUUGCACCAUGUGGAAGAUUUACGCAUACCAUGUAAUUCAGCUUUGUAAUGUCAUUUUCAUACAGUGAGUGCCUUUUAAGGAGGCAUGGAACAUUCUUAACUGGACCAUUUGUUUGUAGCAUGGCUUGUGUCAUAUAGGGGAAAUUAUUUUGAAUGACAUGCAAUUAGGAACAAGUUUGCACAUGUUUUUAUACACUAGGGGGUCAUAGUGUGGAGGGUGUGUUUAUGUGUGGGUGAGCGAGUAAAAUGAGUCUAGAGAACUACUGUGCUGAUCAAUUUCCCUUUUUUCACAGUGGAAAAUAAUAACAACGGAUAUAGCAGCCAGCUGGUAAAUGUAGUGAGAUAGUUGAAGUGUAUUAACUGGUUGUGUGAGGCGGUACGUUAACAUUAUUUGUAUUAAAUCAUUUAGCUGACACAAGACCAAAUUGUUCCUGUUACUAGAGUUCUGGUUUAAUGUAGUCCGAGU